AUGUCAAUUUCAGACAAAUUCUACUCUUUGGCCAAGCUCGAUGACACCAACUACACCAGCUGGAGCACAUGCAUGAAGGCAGUCCUCAUCAAGAGGGGCUACUGGUCUCUUGUAUCCGGGAAAGAGAAAUUGGAUGCAUCCAUUCAAGCUGAUGCCAGCAGACUUGCUGCAUUCCAGCCGCGCCAGCUCGAAGCUUGCUCAGAGCUCAUUCUCGCAGUUGAAGAUAGCCAACUCCCACACAUGGAUGGUGACGACCCCAAGUAG